AUGGCCGCCUCCGGAAUUCUUCAUUUCUCUUCAUCUUCUUCAUCACUCGGACUUUCCUUCAAAUCCUACCGAGCCUCUCUAUUUCAAACCGCAUCAUUUCCAAAGUCCCUAACCGUUAAGGCUUCGACUUCCUUGGACUACUCAACUGCGUCAGUCGCCGACAAAUCGACGACCUCAUCUAAGACUAAUAAUUGGCAGUGGAAAUUCAAAGAUAAUUUGAUUGAUAUCUACUAUGAAGAACAUGAAAAGGAAAGCACCGAGCCUGCUAAAAAUAUUCUUAUGGUACCAACAAUUUCUGAUGUUAGCACUGUGGAGGAAUGGAGAUUAGUUGCUAAAGAUAUUGUUAAGCGAGAUGGUAAAGUUAAUUGGAGAGCUACUAUAAUUGAUUGGCCUGGUUUGGGUUACUCUGAUAGGCCGAAGCUGGAUUACAAUGCCGAUGUAAUGGAAAAAUUCCUGGUUGAUUUGGUGAAUGCACCGGACAGUCCACUAAAAUCUUUUGCUCCUAAACCAGAAAAUCAAUUAGUUAUUUUUGGAGGAGGACAUGCUGCCACAAUAGCAGUCCGUGCUGCAACAAAGGGUUUGGUGAAGCCGACUGCCAUUGCUGCUGUUGCACCCACCUGGGCUGGUCCCCUUCCUAUUGUAUUUGGUCGAGAUUCCAACAUGGAAACAAGGUAUGGGCUGCUUAGGGGAACCUUAAGGGCCCCUGCUGUCGGUUGGAUGAUGUACAAUGUACUUGUCAGCAAUGAGAAGGCAAUCCAAUCCCAAUACAAAUCUCACGUUUAUGCAGAUCCUGAAAAUGUGACUCCAGAUAUUAUUGACAGCAGAUAUGCACUGACAAAACGAAAAGGGGCCCGUUAUGUGCCUGCUGCUUUCUUAACUGGUCUCCUUGACCCAGUGAAGUCUCGAGAAGAAUUCCUUGAACUCUUUGCUGGGUUAGAGGGAAGAAUACCGGCUCUAGUUAUGUCGACUGCUGGCUCUCCGAAGAGGUCAAAAGCAGAGAUGGAGGCUCUCAAGGAAGCCAAAGGAGUGAGUAAAUUUGUUGAGGUUCCAGGUGCCCUCCUUCCACAGGAAGAGUAUCCCAAUCUAGUUGCUGAAGAGCUUUGCAAGUUCUUGCAAGAAAAUGUGAGUUAA